CACGUCAACCUAGAACUAAUAGCAGAAGAGAAAAAUACGUCAAAGUAUUUUCCUCAUUUUGAUUCAACUUUUAUAAGUAAUAGUAUAAACUUUUAUAAUAAAAUAAGUAAGUGUAUCUUGAAAUUGGAAUUAAUUAAUUUACAAUAGUGUCAUUGUUCUAAAGACGUGGAAGUUGCAAAUCCAUUGGUGAAUGAUUUUCAAGUUUUCUUAAAGUGCGUUUUUUUUACAUUCAAUAAUAUCACGGGACUUUAAUCGUAACAGCAAAAAGAGUGUAAAAGAAAGAAAGAGAUAGAGAGAGAGAAAGAGGACAUUUUUCUCAUCAUUUUUUUUAAACAUGGAUAGCAAUAAAGAUGAGGCCGAACGUUGUAUGGAAUACGCGGAAAAAUAUCUCAGUGAAAAAAAAUUCGACGAGGCGGAAAAAUUCUUGAAAAAAGCUCAAAAACUCUAUCCUACAAAACGUGUUGAAGAUUUGUUAACCAGAGUGUCGAUACUUUCCAAACAGAGUAGUCAAAAACCAGAAAGUGAGCCUGAAGUUCGAAAACGACAGAAUGUUACAAAGGAAGGAACACAAACGCAAGCGAACAGUGAUUUUACCAAAGAUCAAAUUGAACAUGUUAAAAGAAUUAAAAAAUGUAAAGAUUAUUACGAGAUUUUGGGAGUGAGUAAAGAAGCAACUGACGGUGAUAUUAAAAAGGCCUAUAAGAAAUUAGCCCUUCAAUUACAUCCGGAUAAAAAUAAAGCUCCUGGAGCUGCCGAGGCUUUUAAAGCCAUUGGAAAUGCUGUUGCUGUAUUGACGGACGUGGAAAAACGGAAACAAUAUGAUUUGUACGGUUCGGACGAAGACAGAAUGCAGAGUUCACAUUCUCAUCAGACUCAUUAUAAUUACUCCCGAGGAUUUGAAACCGACAUUACUGCCGAGGAACUGUUCAACAUGUUCUUCAGGGAUGUUUUUCCACAGCAGGAAUUUUAUAUGCGAAGAUCAGGUGGCAGAUGGACGAGACAGUCAGAUUCACAAAAUCAACACUCUCAUUCUCAGCAACCACAUGGAUACACAACAUUCCUUCAGAUGUUACCUGUACUUUUAUUGAUAGUUUUAACAAUGAUGAGCAGUUUUUUCAUAUCUGAUCCAAUAUACAGUUUGCAUUCUAGCCCUAAAUAUACAGUUCCUAGGACAACACAAAAUCUAAAAGUGUCGUACUAUGUGAAAGAAAAUUUCCACAGUGAGUAUCAGGGCAGUUUGCGACGAUUAGAGAUUUCAGUCGAAGAAGAUUAUUUGAGUCAAUUGAGACAAACGUGUUUCAGGGAAAAGAAUUAUCGUGAAUCAAUGGUAUGGAAAGCGAGAAAUUUUGGUGAUAAUGAUCUUUAUCAACGGGCAAGAAAUAUGGAGAUGCCAUCAUGUAAACGAUUACAAGAAAUGCAAGCAUGAUGGCAUUUAUUUAAUUAUUAAAUUAUACAGUUUUUUGAUGUAUUGUAGAUAGGUAUAUAUAUGUUUUAUUUGCGCGCAUUUCAAUUAAUGAAAAAAAGUCACCAAUUUAAAAUUUUACUUACUUUUUAAAAGAGUGAGUUGAGAGAAUAAGAGAUAAUUAAUUUUUUUUUCUCUUUGAAAUUAGACGUGCUAUAAAAAAAAACUUCUUUAAACAGUACAUCGCUUUACAUUGUGUUUAAUAGUUAUAAUUAUAUAUAUUUAUUAAUGAAAAAUAAUUGCCUUUAACUAAUUUUAAUUAAUUGAACAGAUAGUCGUAAGAGUCACAAAGGUUCUUUAAUAAUACCUUUCGAAAAAAAAACUAGACAUAAUUACAUAAAUAAAAAAGUAUAAAUGCAUAAAAUAAUAGAUUUUUCAUUUGAAAAUUUUAAUAAAAUAGAAAUAUUUCGAAAUGAAAGAAAAAAAAACCGAUUUUCAGUUAAUGAGAACCAGAAGAGUGCAGAGAUUCCUCAAAAAAAAAUAUAGAGAGAAAAAAUAGAAAAAUGUCGAACAAUUUUAUUAUUUAUUGUAACUUUUUUGUUUCUCUUUAUUUUAAUGUUGUAUAUUUAAUAUAUUAUAAAUAUUGUCGAGAUUUGUUUCUUCGGUUGUAAAAUAAGAAAAAGCAUAAUUUAAUCUGUAAAUUAUCGAUAUAAAAAUGUUUGUAUACAACUUUUAAAAAUAUUGCGAAACCACAUUUUCCAUUUGGUUAUAAAUUGUUUAUUAUAAUUGUACCAAAAAAAAAAGAAAAAAAUAAAGAAUUUAAGUCAGUUAAUA